AUGGAGACGGUUGCCGACGUUCGCCUGCUCGUUGGGUCGGUGGUGCAGGAGAAAUGGAGCUCCUUGUUGGACGUGAUCGGUGACGAACCAGAGUUUCUGUAUGUGUGGGCCCUCAGCGUGUUUGUGCACUCGUUUUUCUGGCUCGUCGGCGGCCUGUUCGUGCUGAUGGACCUCACCAAUAAACCGGCGUUUUUGCGCCGCUACAAGACGCAACCGGGUAAGAACGAGCCGGUGGCCUGGCCCGACCUGCGCCGCGUGAUGGGCACCAUCCUGUUCAACCAGACCGUCGUCGGCAUCCCGCUGACGUACGCAGGCUACCACGGCACGAUCAAGGGCUCGGUGCCGGAUCCGCGCGUCCUCCCGUCGCUCGGCGAGAUCCUGCGCGAUCUGGUGGUGUGCGUGUUCUUCGCCGAGAUCGGCUUCUACUACGUGCACCGGUUCCUGCACCUGACCCCGCUGUACCGGCACGUGCACAAGAAGCACCACGAGUGGACGGCACCGUUCGCGUGGACCGCCAUGUACUGCCACCCGGUCGAGCACGUGAUCAGCAACAUGAUCCCGCCGAUGAUUGGCAUCCAGCUGAUGAAGGCGCACAUCUUCACCACCGCCAUCUGGUUCCCGCUGGUCAUCUUCAACACGAUCCGGGACCACUGCGGCUACCACCUGCCAUUCUUUCCCAGCUCCGAGUUCCACGACUACCACCACGCCAAAUUCACGGAGUGUUUCGGCACGUUCGGGUACCUGGACUGGCUGCACGGUACGGACACCAAGUUCCGCCAGUCGAAGCAACACCAGCGCCACCGGACGCUCUGGUGUUUGAAGUCGGCCCGCGAGCUGUACCCCGACAGUUGA